AUGGUAUUCAUCCUCGUUUUGUUUUUAGCAUUCUUGGCUAAGAAAGAGCGCCGCCUAUUAAGGUUAAAGUCAAAGAAACACUCUGAAGUAGUAAUUAAACUACUGCCGAUAUGGGAACAAUUUCGACGUGAUGAUGUGUCCAAGGAGAAACGAUUUGAAUUCAUCCAAGAAGUGUUAAAAAUCUCAAAGAAAGUCAUACCUGAUUUGUGUAUGGCUCAUGAUACAUCAAGAAUCUUGGAAGAUUGUGUUAAAUAUGGUACAGAGUCACAACGUUGGCAAAUUUUCGGUGAAGUUCAUACAAAUUUGGUGAUGCUGGCCAAAUCACGCUAUGCAAAAUUUGUUAUAUUGAAACUAAUAAAGUACGGUGACAAACAAUACAUACUGGAGAUGUUUAAGGCCUUUAAAAAUCGCAUUCAACGUUUAACUCAACAUAAAUUUGCAUCAGAAGUUAUAGAUACAUUAUAUAAUGACUAUGCCACUGCAUCACAACGUAGUGAAAUGAUUCAAGAGUUUUAUGGGAAUAGACAUGCUCUGAGACUUGCUGAACAUAAAUUAUUCACACUUGAAGAUACGUUAAAAUUGCAUCCAGACAAAAGUACUGUGAUACUUGACAAUCUUACAAAGAUACUCAUCAAUUUGGUAUCAAAGGGUCUUAACAAAUACAGUAUUGUCCAACACUUAUUAUUGGAGUAUUUACGGAAUGCUGUAUCAUUCUCCAAAGCAUUGUCAAUACCUGUUAAUGUGAAAACUAGUAUGCAUACAGCUCAACCAAGCGAAACAAUUGUACCAUAUAUAGUUGAUGAACCAGUUGACUGUAAAGAUGAGGAUGCUAUUCCUAAAUCGUUCCAUGAUAAUUUUACGACUUUGAUUGAAAAUUUAAUCGAUGGUCAAAUAGUGCCAAUGUUACAUACUCGUGAUGGUGUUCGUGCUGCUUUAAGAGUACUUUGGGCAUGUAGUCCUCAGAAACGUAAGAUUUUAGUUAAAGGCUUGAAAACCUGUGUACAAAAUAUUGCGUUUAAUGAACAUGGACAUCUUUUUAUCAUUGGGUUAAUCGAUUCAGUGGAUGAUAUUGUAUUAUUACAGAAAACAAUAUUUCGAGAAAUAUUAGACGAUUUAGAAUUGUUUGUCAUGCAUCCUAAUGCACGUAAAGUAUUACUAUAUAUGUUAUCUCCCAGGGAUCGUCGUCAUUUCUGUCCUCAAUUAAUUAAUAGUAUCUUAGUUCCGGGUGAUACAAGCAUUUAUACAAAGAAAUUACUUGGUGUACGUGCAAUGGAAAUGCGCCAAUUACAAUCAAUGAUGUUACCAGCUUUACUUAAUUUAGUUAAUCAUAAAUUGGUCGAUUUAUUUAUUGGUCAUUCAUUAAGUGAAGUUGGUCUAUUAACAAGUAAAGAUUUGGGUCGUCUUGUUCUUUUGAGUGAAAUUCUUGAGAAAAGCGCUCCACAUAAUUUAAAUGUAGAUAUUGUACUUCCAAUGUAUAAGAGAACAAAUGAUGAUACACGUGUUCAAUUUGGAAAUUGGACCAUCUCUCCAAAAGAUUUAUCAUUUUAUAAAACAUCAAGAAAAUUAGCUUUAGAAAAGCUUGUUACACAUAUUUUAGUACCGGAAUUCAAUCCAACUGGUAAUGAUGAUGAUGAUGAUAAGGAGGAAAAAACUCAUUCGAAACAACAUCAACAAUCACAGAAACGAAAUCAUGAUGAUUUACGUUUAUCUCGGCAUAAAUUAGCAGUUUCAUUAGUUGAAGCUUAUUUGGCUAAACAAAAGAAUCCAAAAGUCAAAUCAUUUUUCACUGGGAGAGAAUCAUUAUCCGAUAAUGAGGAACAAGAGACUAAUCAACAUAUGUCUAUUGAUGAAACAUUUACAAUGAAUCAAUCUAGUUCGAAACCAUUUAUUGAACGACCUGAAGGUGCAUAUCUGAUACGUCGUUUAUUACAAAUGGAGAAAACGACUGAAGAUUUUACUUUUGCUCGACUCAUUAUAAAACGUGUUCCAGCCGAAAAUUUUCAAUCUUGGAUCAAGUGUAAUCGUACUUGUUACAUUCUAGUAAAUCUGUGGGAACUUGGCGAUGCGGAGGUUUGUAAUGCACUCAAAGAAGCUUUGAAUCCUGUUGUGGAAACUUUGAAAAUAUCACCUUUAUCUGGUGCUAAAAUUUUGUACAAUCAUUUAAACCAACAAUAA